AUGGCAGACAAACUAGCAAACAUCGGUCAGGUUUCCGACCGACUGUUCGAUGUAAUUAUCAUCGGUGGUGGAACUGCCGGAUUAUGUUUGGCUUCUAGGCUGACAGAACAUGCGCAAUGUUCAGUACUGAUCCUCGAAGCCGGGAAGGCUCAUUUCAACGAUCCAGUCGUUCUCACUCCCGCCGCAUGGCUCAAGCAGAUAAUGGUCCCUGAGUACGACUGGGCCUUUAAGACUACUCCUCAAGCCAAACUGGGUAAUACGACGGGUAUUUGGAACCGAGGAAAGGGACUCGGUGGGAGUUCUGCGAUGAAUUUUCUAGCUUGGAAUCGUCCUCAACGUGAGGAUAUCGACGCGUUGGAGAAACUAGGCAAUGUUGGCUGGAGCUGGGAUACGUUCUACAAGUAUUCAAAGAAAGCAGAAAGCAAGACAACACGCCGCUGUGGCGUCUGGAAGCCCCUGGAGUGGCUGAGCUCUCUGGAGAGCUGGAGCCAGCUCGUCCAGACAUGGGCACUUUCACCCAGCGUCUCCAGAUACCAUACGUCAUCACCGCCGUCGAAUGCCCUUCUCGUCAGAGAUGAAGUCAAACACUACCACUGCACACUCCAGGUCAUCAAGUCUGCAGGCCGCUACACAGCAAUCUCGCACGACGAUACAGCUGGAGCAUGUACGUUGACGGUACCUUUUUAUAUGAUAUUCACUCUAUCAAAAGAGCUGUCCCUGCAACAGCAGACUCAUGUGCCACUCAUGAAGUCCAUCCUUUCUGGGCCGUCGUACCGCUUCAUUGCACCCUCCGAAGUGCCUGAUGGUCCCUACGUGGAUCGGUACAAUGCUGACUCGGUUGGGCAAGAUGGUCCCGUCAUCGUCUCUUUCCCCAAGUCCGUGACCGGCGUCGAGUAUGCUUUCCAACAGAGCUUUGACAAAUACGGUAUGAGCGGAAAUACUGCUGGAACUUGGAAGUCGACAUCGGUGAUCGAUCCGAGCACCAAUAUGCGCUCCUAUUCUGUCUCCGGUUAUCUGUUACCAGUCAUGGAUCGGCCGAACUUGGCUGUACUCACUGAGGCAUAUGUUCUGAAGAUUACGACCACCAAGAAGCAUGGUCUCAUCUGGUCUCAUCACCGCCACUGGUGUAGAAUUCGAACACGGAGGAACGGUAUAUCAGUUUCACGCCCAGUCGUCAAAUCUCCUCAAAUUUUGGAGCUGAGUGGCAUUGGAGACGAGCGUAUUCUGGACUCGUUUGGUAUCCCGGUUCAGCAUCAUCUACCGUCGGUCGGUAAUACCAACGUCCAGGAGCACCUAUCUCACGGUGGUCUUAUAUUCGAGAUGCGUGAAGAUGCUGGAAUCGCUACGCUGGAUAGCUUGAGAAACCCGGAAAUUGCGGCGAAGGCUAUGGGAAAAUUUCCUUUGAUCCAAUUUCCUCUCUCCCUUGUAUUUUCUGGAUUGUCAUUCCUUCCGAUUGAUCAGUUCUCGGAAAAUUCAGCCGGUAUAAUCGAGAAGCAGGCCGCAAAACUCGCAGAAGACACGACCGAGAGAUCCCCGGGCUUGAAGGAGCAAUGGCAACUGCAACUAGAAGCCUUAAGGGACCCUAAUGUUCCUGACUGCGAAGCUAUAUUUUUUCCUUUUUUCGUCGUCAAACUGCUCUUCAUAACUAUUCUACCUACUCUUAGCCAUCCGUGGUCCAGGGGCACAGUUCACAUUGGGUCUGCUGAUCCUCGUGGCCCUCCUGUAAUUGAUCCUCACUAUCUCGAAGAAGAAAUAGACCUGGACAUACUCGUAGAAAUGUUUAAGUUUGUUCGCAAAGUGGCCCACACUAGUCCGUUUUCGGAGCUCACCGUCGCAGAAGUUCUCCCUGGCCCCGAGAUUCGAUCAGAAGAGGACGUUCGAGCCCAUGUCGCUAGUAGCCUUUCCACCACUUGGCGAAGCUUAUCUAUGCUGCCUGAGAACAAGGGAGGCGUUGUUGAUUCUUCGUUGAAGGUUUACGGCGGUACAUCGAACAUUCGUGUUGUUGAUCUCUCGAUCACGCCCCUCCAGAUUGCGGUUCACACUCAAGCUGCGGUGUAUGCAAUUGCGGAACAAGCCGCGGACAUCGUGAAUGCCGAGCUCCGUCUGAAGUGA